AUGGAAGAAAAAGAUGAAUCUCCCAUUAUUUUCAACAACAAUCAAACAAUCCCUUCUUCAUCUCUAACAAAAAGAUCAAUAACCUUAAAACCAUCAAAACAACAAAGCAAUCACAACAAGAAAAUCAAAUCCAGUACAGAAAAAACCAAGAAAAUUGAUGACUCAAAACACCCAAUUUACCACGGUGUUCGAAAACGGAGCUGGGGUAAAUGGGUGUCUGAAAUUCGCGAACCGAGGAAAAAAUCAAGAAUUUGGCUUGGUACUUUUUCUACUGCUGAAAUGGCUGCCAGAGCACAUGAUGUAGCUGCAAUUGCCAUUAAAGGUGACUUAGCUUUACUCAAUUUCCCUGAAUUAGCUCAUCAGUUUCCUAAACCAGCUUCGAAAUGCGCUAAAGAUAUUCAAUCUGCAGCCGCAAAGGCUGCAGCUUUGAAUAUUUCACCAAGAAAUUUUAUGGAAAAACAGAGUAAAUGUGAGUUAAUGGAAAUGCUCUGUUCUCCCGAAGAAACAGAGUCAACAGAAUCAUCAUCUUCAUCUUCGUCUUCAUCUUUGAGGAGUAAUAAUGAGGAUCCUUUUCUUGAUUUGCCUGAUCUUCUACUGGAUCUUACUCAAAAAUUUGAUAAAUUUUGUUACUAUAAUUCAACAUGGGAUUUGGCUGGAGCUGUAAGCAAUGAUUCUAAUUACUGUGAAUUUUGGCCUCAAGAAGAUCUCUAUUUGUGGGAUUACAGCCAUGAAACCGCACUCGAAGUCCCACAGCUGUAAUAAUAUAAUUUUUUGACGAAAAGUGAACUGAUGCAUGAAUGCUAAAGAUCUCAAUUUGUGGGAAUUACAACAAUGGAGCCGUCACAGAACUAUGGAGCAUCAAAAAAAGGUUACAGUAAGCCAAUGAUGUUGGAAACGAUUGUCUACUUGUUUUCAAGCUUAUAUAACGUAACUCUUUAAAAACUAUUAUUAAAGAUUGCAAUUAUUUAUCUAAAGCUCAGAAUUAUACAAUUACACAUACAUGAAGAGUGACAAAUCAAUGUGUCGACUUUUUAGCAAGCGAAAGAAACAAGCAUAAAGAAGAUUUGAGAAGGUGCGAUAAGGAAUCUGAAUUUUUUUCUUUUUAACAUUUUUAAGUCAUGUAACUUUUGAAUGAUUUAAAUUUUUUCUAAUCUUUUUUUUUAUGUAACAAAAUAGAAUAAAUGAGUACGGAAU